AUGGAAUGUCGCGAGCUAGUUUUACAAACGAUAGGACAUCCAGGCCCACACGGAAUGCUGCGAAGAAUGUGGCAUGCUAAAGCUGCCCGUAGCAGUAGUUGGUACACGGGAAGGGGUAGCAGAGUACCUGUAUGGAUCAGUGACAUUCGGUUUUUGGACCUUGAUAGACCCAUUGGUCGGGGAUGGAAGGUGGCUGUUGGUACAAAAUAUGGCGAAAUCCGAAUAUAUGAUACAGCGUUCAGCUCUCGAGCAAUAAUUAAUGUCCAGGUGGGCCCUAGUCCGGUAACGAGCUUAUGCUACGGUCUGGGCAGCGCCAAUAGCAUAUUGUAUACGAACAGUCAAGAUACAAUAGGUAUGAUUAACACGCGGACUGGUCAGUUUCAACAAGUUAAUAAGUGUACACCGGGAACAGCGUGGGUCUGUGCAGCAGAAACAGGAAAUUACCAACAGGAGGUAAGAGAUAAUAGACCAUCUGGACAUGAGCAAACAGAUCGAGUACGAGGUAUAAAUCAUGUUACUCGUAGUAGAGUUACGAGAGAUGCAACUGUUGACAUGGAUAUAGACAGCGAGGAAGAAGAUAAAAACGACAGUGACAGUUCUUCGAGCAGCAGUGAUGGAGAAGUAGAGGAAGACAUUGUUGGAUUCAACGACUAUGGCGCCAUUGAACAAGAAGGUGGCGAAGAGUCCAACUUCACUUUAAUAGACUCAUUAGAACCACCAUCUGCUACGUCUUCCGUCUUGCCUUCUCCACUAGAAACUUCAACCCCAGUACUUUCGGACUCGGAGUCACGGUUGGUGAAUGCAAGUGAUACAGCGUCUCAGUCCACAGUGACUUCAGCUGCAAUAGAUGGUUUAUCAAACGAAACGAUUUCGCUAUCGCCGACUUUUGAGCCGGAAACAGCAACCACCACUUCUCUUCCAGAAGCUGACAUAACAGUAGAUACCGUCACCACAACCACUACAUCCAUUAUAACCCCUCAAUCUGCAACUAUCGCACAAGAUUCCAACAGACAGGUCACAACUUCCGAACUAGAAAAUACAACAGCACCAACACCUGCUACAACAUCAGUGCACUUACCGACCAUUCCUAUCUAUACAACAUCCGGUGUUGACAAUUGCAUUCGCAUCUACAACAUGCACACCCACAAACUUAUAGCCAAAACCACACCCGGGGUACGAUUGUCUUGCAUCUCUAUCAUCGACGCCUUAGAUCCCAUAUACACUCGACCGGCGAAACGGCCCUCCUCCCCAGUUCCAUCCGUCAACUCCACAUCCUCCACACUACUAGACCGGCCACCUUCGCCAUGCGGACCAGAUAAUUCCUCUUCACACACCCACCGCCAGCCCAAACGACCCCGAAUGACAUAA